ACCCGGAAGUCCCCGCGGCGGUUUCGGCUGCGGCUGCGGCGUGGGAAGGGAUGGAGGGGACGGGGGUGGUGGGGGCGCCGGUGACGUCAUCGCGGGUGACGUCAGACGGGGUGACGUCAUCGGAGGGGCUGUCCGAGGAGGAAAUCCGGCAGCUGAAGCUGUCCCUGGUGACGUCGGCCUGCUCGGCGCUGCAGUGCGAUGGGGACGACCUCCGGCAGCGCCUGCGGGACCUCAGCGCCGCCGUGGCACCGCACUGCCCCCAAUUCCCCCUGCAGGUGGCUCUGUACUGCCGCCGCCAUCUGUGGGUGCGCUGGGUGAGCUGCUUCCUGCUGGCCGUGGCGGCCAUCUUGGCUCCGUGCCGCCCCCACCUGCGCCGUUACUUCGGGGCCGUCGUCCGCCUGCCCAGCGAUUGGCUGGCCGUGCCGCGCUACUUCCAGGCGCUGUCCCCCCCCCUGUCGGUGCUGUCCCCAUAUCCGCGCUGCUUACGGGAUUCCCUCACGCGGACCUUCGCCGCCUUCGACGCCCACCAGUUGGCCAAGUACCGCUCCCGCCUCCAUAAGGGCCCACGCGGACAUCGCUUCCGCCGCCGCCGCCCCACGGCCCCACAGCGCCGCAUCACCCCACAGGGCUCUCUGCCCCCAUCGCUGUUCUCACUGCGUUCCGUCGUUCGCCGUCUGCACAUCCGGGAGCCGCGCCAAUACGUGGAUGCUCUGCUGGGCCGCAGGUGGGGGCAAAGGGGGGGCAAAAUGGGGGGGGGGGGGGCUUUUGGGGGGCACUAA